GCGGCCUACUCGCGGCCAUCUUCCAAAAACACUCACAGACUACUCUCGCAGAUUGAGCAUCUAUCAAAAUGGCUGUCACUUUGGAGCGCGCGGUGCCUGACACAUGGCGUAACGACCAUGCCGCAUACCACGAGUUGAGGCAUCACGAACACCCAAGACUACCACCCUGGGAGCAAAACGGACACACUCUUGUGCGUGUUCCGCCCAUGACACGAUCAAGAUCACCCUUGCGCGAUGUCAAACAUCAAGAGCCGUUCGAUGCGAACGCUGCGCAGCACACAGACGAUAUCGGGCGUGGCCAACAUUCCAACGGAUUUCUGACGCCGCAGAAUGAUGUAGGGUGGAAUACAAGCCGAGAGCGAGUCUAUAUCCCGCCUGCUCCUAUAUCAGCACCCCCAACGAAAUCACCCUACGAAUCGAUCAAGAUUCCACAAGGACCAAAGUCGGCACCGCAAGUCCCAGCUUUCGUCAACAACCGUGCGCAUGCACCACCACAGCAACCUCUCCACAACGAGCCAGACUACAAGCAAGCCCAACACACCACCUCGAUUGCCGAACCACAAGUGAAACCUGCGCCAGCCUUCCCGGGUACCAUGGCAUCUCGACAGCAGGAGUAUCCUCGCAGCAGAGGAAAUCUCCAGAACACCAAGGGCGCCGAUUCUCCCGGCUUCGUCAAACGCUUCAUGUCUUCAUUCAAGAACGUCUUCAAGCGCGAGCCUGUAUGCGAAGGAGAUUUCGAACGCAUUGAGGAACGACAUUGGUCGGAAUAGGACUUCGGCAGAUGGAAUCUUUCAACAACUUUGUCGUCGUCAACAAGUCGAAACGACUGAGAGCUGAGCUGGACGAAAGUUUGCACCACACGUGUGUAAGCGCCGUGGAAAGAAAGCUUAUCGGGUGAUGGACAUGGGGUCCUGGAGAAGAAGCAAGCAACCACUGGGCACACGAACACAACGACCAUGACUCUGAUGAGCUUGCGAACAACCACUAGCCUCAACGUGCAAGCCUGCUGGAAGCGGGUUCGAUAUGAAACAGAUCCCCAAAGCAUACAUGUAGCAGAUUUUUGCCUUUAGUACUAGAAUGAGGGUUUCUGUUUGAUUGAUUUAUGAUGAGCGUUCUUUCUAAGACUUGGAGCGUUUGGUUUUGUGCCGCUAUAUAGGAAAGUCGUAACUUGCGUGGUAAAUAGACUGGACAUUUCAUUUGUACACCGCAGUCCUUCUGCAUGCAGAAUGACAUCUCUUCGGUCUUUUGCCCACGCGGCGGCCAUUCACUCCUCCGCCGUGAUAAUUCCUCCGAGAAUUCGUUUGAGUCUUUUCAUCUCAUCAUUGUUGCAUCGUUACAUGGUGGUCCUGCUGUUGUUGUUGUUGUCAUACCAUGCUAUCAUUUCUCUGCUUCUCAGCUCGUCCACGUACGUUCGUUUCUUGAUCGAUCAAACUCCCGUUCACUUUCAGCGUCGGCGUCUCGCCGGGUCCGACAGUCGGAGUGGCAUAGGUUCCUAGACUUGUUGGAUCCGUACCAGUGACGCCCUCUUCUUGCUCAGUUUGACAUCGCCUAAGAUCCAAACAAGCUUUCGCCUCGUCACUGGUCUUUUUCCAACCUCCUUCCUCUCGAUCUUCUUGCUUCUGCGGCCACAGAAUGUCCUUGUGCUUGACUGCCCGGAUCAUCAUCACAAACACCCCAAGCCAAAUGAAGAUGAUGAUGAUGGUGAAUGCGCAUCCUAGGAUCCUAAUCACCCGACUGUUGAGAGCUUUGGCGAUGGCAAACGUCGCCGUGGUGAGUGCGGUAUUCGGGAAGACGU